AUGUUUAUCUAUCUAUCUAUCUAUUAUCUAUCUAUCUAUCUAUCUAUCUAUAACAGACAUUCAUUUGUCUCUCUCCCUCUCUCUCUCUCUCUGUCUAGUGAACGUAAUGUAUCCUGUCAGUACAUGUUUAUCUAUCUAUCUAUCUAUCUAUCUAUCUAUCUAUCUAUCUAUCUAUCUAUCUAUCUAUCUAUUCAUCAUAUUAAUCAUGAUAUUAUUCUAAUUUUCUUUAUAAAAUUCAUCAUUCAUAAUCUAUCUAUCUAUCUAUCUCAUAAUCUAUCUAUCAUCUAUCUAGUUUAUCUAUCUCCAUCUAUUAACUAUCUAUCUCAUCUGUUCACGUAUCAUUCAUAUCUAUAUAUCUAUCUAUCUAUCUAUCUAUCUAUUAUCUAUCUAUCUAUCCAUAAAAUCAUCGGUUUAUUAUCUAUGUGCAUCUAUCUAUCUCAGUCUGUUUAUAUUCAUCUAUCUAUCUAUCUAUCUAUCUAUCUAUCUCUAGUCUGUUUUAGUAGAAUAUGUAUCUAUCUAUCUCAGUCGAUUCUAUCUAUAUCUAUCUAUCUAUCUAUCUAUCUAUUAAUUUUAUCUAUAACAGACAUUCAUCUCUCUGUUCUAGUCGUAAUGUAUCCUCAUCUACAUGUUUCUAUCUAUCUAUCUAUCUAUCUAUUAUCUAUCUAUCUAUCUAUCUAUCUAUUCAUCGGUGCUGUUCUAUUGUUCAUAAUCUAUCUAUCUAUCUAUCUAUCUCAGUCUGUUCAUAAUCUAUCUAUCUAUCUAUUCAUCGAUGCUAUUCUGUUCAUAUUAAUCGAUGUACCCUUAGUCUGUUCACAUCUGACUUUGUUCAUAUGUUUAUAUCUUUUAUCUGUGUUCAUAAUCUAUCUAUUCAUCUAUCUAUCUAUCUAUUAUCUAUUCUAUCUAUCUAUCUAUCUCAGUCUGUUUAUUCAUCUAUCUAUCUAUUCAUCAUCAUCUAUCAUCCUAUCUAUCUCAUCUAAUCCAUUAUCUAUCUCGUUUUAUAUCUCUGAUCCUAUCCAUCAUCUAUCCAUCUAUUAUAUCUAUCUAUCAGUCUGUUCUAUCUAUAUCUAUCUAUCUAUCUAUCUCGGUUUAUAUAAUCUAUCUAUCUAUCUAUCUCAGUCGGUUUAUAGAAAAAAAUCUAUCUAUAUAUCUAUCUCUCGGUUUAUAUUUAUGUAUCUAUCUAUCUAUCUAUAUCUAUCUAUCUAUCUCAGUCUUAAUGCAUCUAUCUAUCUCAGUCUGUUCAUAAUUUAUCUAUCUAUCUAUCUAUCUAUCCUAUGUAUCUAUCUAUCUCAUCUGCUCAUAUCUAUCUACCUAUCUAUCUAUCUAUCUCAGCUUGUUCAUAUGUAUCUAUCUAUUUAUCUCAGUCUAUUCAUACCUACUUAUCUAUCUCAACCUGUUCAUAUCUAUCUCAGUCUAUUCAUACCUAUCUAUCUCAACCUGUUCAUAUCUAUCUCAGCCUAUUGA